AGAUAACAGGAUCAAACAGCCUACAGAGAUACUUAUUCAUAAAAGAGCAGCCAUUUGCCAUUAGCGUCAGUUAGUCACUGGUUCACAUGGACCGUUUCCGGGGAGUGUGUUGCGAAAUGUUGCAGUUGUGUUCUUGAACAGAUCCUGACUUCCAGGGAAAUUGCAACACUGGUGUUCCAAAUUGGCUUCUGUAUUCAAAGGACGACAGUUGUGAGCUCCCGGUCUGCCUCGUGAACAGAAACAAAAGAGACAAGAGUGGGAUGUCGCGAGAAAUGGAAGAAGAGCGAGAUAGUAGCUUGUGCUUUGACACUGACUCUGACACAGCAAAUAAGAAGAGUGAUAGUAAGUGUACAGUGAAAUGGACUCGGGAAGAGGAUGAAAUUCUCAAAACCCUGACCAGCAAGUUGGGUAAAGAUGAUUGGGAAACCGUUGCCAAGUAUUUACCAGGGCGGACAGAAGUGCAGUGUAUGCAUCGCUGGGUAAAGUACCUGGAUCCUGAUUUAAUCAAGGGGUUCUGGUCAAGAGAAGAAGAUGAAAAGAUAGUAGACUUAGUGGAAAAGUAUGGCACCAAACACUGGACUUUGAUUGCCAGGCACCUUAAGGGGCGAGUUGGGAAACAGUGUCGUGAACGCUGGCACAACCAUCUCAACCCACAAAUCAAUAAGAGCUGCUGGACUGCUGAAGAGGGCCUCAUAAUCUACAAAGCCCAAUCCGUCCUGGGUAACCGUUGGUCUGAGAUUGCAAAGCUGCUCCCAGGAAGGACGGAUAAUUCUGUAAAAAAUCACUGGAACUCCACCAUCAAACGUAAAGCAGAGCUGGGUCAUUACAAAGAGGAGGCUGACCGCAUCUCCCUUGAUAUACAACAAUUUGUUGAAGGAGAGGUGGACUUUAAGUGUGAUGUUGUAUUAGACACUGAACCAGUAACUCCUAAAUUGCCACAGGUUAAGCUAGAGAAAGAGACGGAGAGUAUUCAAAUCAAUCAGAAGAUGGCUGUUCCCGUUCCACCAACUCCAAAUCCAGAAUCGUUGAGAGAGUCGUCUUCCCAAAAUUCUUCCUGUCCAAGCUCCAGCACAGCUGCUGCACCAGCAGUAGACAACAAAAAGAUUGUUGAUGCAGCACUGAGGAUGAUUGCUGAAGACAUGCUGCCUCUCAGUUUUGUUGAAGGCGCAGGCUUCAGGUCAUUCAUCAGCACUAUUAGACCUGAAUCCAACAAGCUAUCCCAGCGUGUCAUUGGCCUACAGCUAUAUGAUGAUGUGGAGAGAACUAUCAAGCCUCAGCUCAUCCGGGACCUUCAAUCCUGCCUUGCCAAAAGCCAAGGUGAUGAAGGUGUCAUUCAUAUCACCCUUGAUCUCUGGGCAGGGGAUCAAUCCAAUCCAAAGGAGGAGCCCAUUAUUGUUGUACAGCUACACUUUGUCAGUGAUUCCUGGCAGAUCCGGCGUCCCAUCGUGGCACUCCGUCAUCUCACCCACAAGAACCUCAGCACUGCUGUAUCCAGAGAGCUCGAAGGUGUGCUGUUGAGCUUUGGCAUCUUCCCUCGCAGUAUUGGCUACAUCCUCACCAACCAGGCCAAGGAAGCUAUCACCAGAAACAACAUGUUCUGUGACUACAAGAUCAUGUGCUCAUCGAAUAGAGGAGAACCAGAUGGAGAUGAGAUAGUAGCAUUUUUGUCGGACCAGAUGUCUGAAACAGAGUCCCCUUUUACAGGGCUUCAGAUCGGGACCAACACUACUUGUGUUGCAAACACAUUGCAGCUUGUGAUUAAGGAGGCACUGAGGAACUCAAGAGUGGUUGAAAAUCUUCUCUCACGGGUCCACAAUGUGGUGGCUUUUUUUCGGAGCAGUGUCUACUGGAGUGAGGUGUUAUUGAAGGAAUGCAACAUCUCUCUGUGCCCUUCCUCCAGCAACUGUCGCUGGAACUCUUUGAUGUUGUCUUUACGCCGCAUGGUGCAGGAAUCUGCUUGGAGCGCCAUCAUGACUCUCCUAGCCCAGGCUCGGAUAGAAGCUAAUGACACUGCCAGUGUCCCGCCUCUGGUCAUGGUCAAGAGAGAGCAAGUGAUUGACAUCCUUGGUCUCCUUGAGCCCUUUGGUGAGGCCAUGCAGAACCUGCAAGGAAACGGAGUGACUAUCUCUUUAACCAUACCUUCCCUCAUUGGCCUUGAUAAGACCUUGCAGAAUCUUACCACAAGCUAUGCUCAUUUUAACAACGCCCUGCGGACAGGCCUCCAGACACACUUCCAGGCAAUGAUUCAGCAGAAGGACAUGAUUGCAGCAGCUGUUCUUGACCCAAGGAUCAAACUGCAGCCUUUCUCUGAUACUGAAGUUGAGGACCAAGUGAGUUUCCUAACGCCGCCGUCAAAGUAUCAGGCUCGUGCCGUCAUGGAAGCCAUGUUAAAAAGCCCAGAGGCCUCAGCACCUUCCUCUGAAGAGGCAGAUAAAGACAAGAGGGGCAAGGAGUAUGGAAACGAGGAGAGCCAAGCCAGCACACUGAUGGAGAUAUCUGGUGUCCCCUCAAAUGAUAAAAACUGUAACACAUUCUGUGAAAAUGACCUGAAGCGUAAGUCAGUUGUUGACAUCCUACAUCCAGCUGCUAAGACCAUGAAGAUGUCGGAACUUGAUGUGUACCUAUCAGAACCACUAUUGGAAAGUAACUCCAUCUUGUUGUACUGGAAAUCUGCUAAUCGGUUCCCCCGACUCCGGGGCCUUGCCAUGAAGCUGUUAGCCAUACCAGCUACCUCAGGGGGUUUUGACAGGCUCUGUCCCAUGGCAGCCUGUAUUGUGAGAGCUAAGAGAAACCGCUUGCCACCUCACACUACAGAGAGACUGCUUCUAUACAAAAACUCUUUAAAGACGAAGACUGUUAAAAAGUACAGUGGGGCUGCUAAACACUGACGGGCCACACUACAGUUUGGUCUCGUUAGACAGUGUUCCACAUAGAAACCUUGACACUGACUUGUCUUAUUACACUAAACUGAGAUGUUGUUAAAGAGAAACUCUGCACCAUUUCUGACCUUUUUUUUUAUUUUUAUAAGCUGUUGAAAAUUGGUUAAGAUGACAUAGAAUACUGAGUGAAAGGCAGCUCGUGUGGACCUCAAUACAAACAAGCUCGAGUCCGUUCCAAUACAAUAUCGACUUCUGAUAGUUACACAAUCCCUGAAAGCACCUGCUAUUGUUUGAUGACAUUAUACAGUAGCAUCUCAGAGCAACACCAAACCUUUCAGGACGUCAGGUGUAGUAAGCGGUAAAAGAUAGAAACUUUGGGCCAAGAAUUACUUUGCUUUGUAUUGUUUUUAAAGAAAAAAUGGUUUUACAUUAGCUUAAUUGUUAAUUGUGCCUACAGAUAUAGACAUUUAGACAGGGCUUUCAAACAAAGCUAUGUUACAAUUGAAUAACAGAUUAUUAAUUUUUGUCUCAGAGAUUGUUAAUAUUGUAGCAACUUCCGUCCUUCAGCGUCCUGAGAUAUUACAUGAGGAUGUUUCUGAGAAUUUCCUGGUAUUUAACAAAUAAAUCUAUAUUUCCUACGGCUUUA